GCCAGGUCGCCGUCGGUGCAGCCGCCAUGAAUACCUCCCAGCCGGUUUCCGCGGCCAUAACUGGCGUCGAAUUCGGGUUUCUCUCUACCGAAGACGUACGGAAGCUGUCCGUCAAGCGCAUAACGAAUCCGACAACCUUCGAUUCCUUACUACACCCGGUGCCUGGCGGUUUACACGAUGCUGCCCUGGGAGCUUUUCUCGACAAUUCCUGCGCAACAUGCGGGUUGACAACCCACCUCGGCUGUCCGGGUCACUGCGGUCACAUCGAACUGCCCGUGCCUGUCUACCACCUCACCUUUUUGGACCAGCUGCUGCGCCUUCUACGUGGGAAAUGCAGCUAUUGCCAUCAUCUCAAGCUCUCCAGGGUUCAGGUUAACGAAUAUGUGUCGAAGCUUCGGCUAAUCAGGUGCGGGCUAGUGCAAGAAGCCGCAGAAAUGCACGAGCACGUCAACAUCAUGGCUGGGAAGGACAAGAAGAAAGUGGACCAGGAGGACUCGGAAUCGGACGACGAUGCUGACGGCAUUAUCGGCCAGCGCAACGACUACGUUAAGAGAGCCAUGAAGCGGGCCGGCAUAUCAAAAAGUGGUGCUCACCUGAUCAGGGCGAAGAACGAGACUGUCGGCGACGCCCGACGCGCCGUGAUCAAGGAACUCUUCGCUGAGAUGACCAAAGGCAAAAAGUGUCGGAACUGCGGAGGCAUAAACCCGACGUUCAGGAAGGACCGCGCGGUCAAAAUCUUCCGCAAAAACUUGUCUGGCAAGGAGAAGGCUUUGAUGGCUCAAGCCGAGAAGCGGUAUCAGAAUCCUCUUGAUAUUCUGGCAAAGAGGGAGCAAAAGGCGCAGAAGAAGCAUCUCCAUCCUGAUGAGGGUAUUGCAGAUACGGAGCCGGCGUCCUCUGAGGACGAGGAUGCGGAAAUGCUGGAUGCGCAGGUCGCGGAUGGGACAUUGGUCGCUUCCGAAACCAUGACCGGGUCAGCCAAAAAAUCGAAGACCUCGAAUGAGCUCCCUGACAACAUGCAAGAGUACAUCACACCAUUGGAGGCGAGAGCAGCCAUGAUCCUCCUAUUUGAGGCGGAGGCCGACCUUCUACGCCUGGUCUACAAUCCAUACGUGAAAUCCAAAUCUCGGUCAGAGGUGGGACCGGAUAUGUUCUUCAUGCACGUCGUCAUCGUUCCGCCGAACCGAUACAGGAUGGAGGAUCGGACUGGUGAUUCUAUUGCGGAAUCUCCGAAGAACUCGCUCUAUAAGAACAUCAUGAACGCAUGUGAUCAGAUGCGACAGAUCAGCAACGAAAUGAAAGGUCACGACAACGAAGCAGGCUACCGCCGUCGAGACUUCUCAGAUCUUCAAAACGCAUGGGUCAACCUUCAGGGCGUGGUGAACGCCCUGAUAGAUAGGGAUGCGAAUCCUGUACAAGGCCUAGCUGGAAGGUCAAACGCGGACGGCAUCAAGCAGAGUCUUGAAAAGAAGGAGGGUUUGUUUCGUAAGAAUAUGAUGGGCAAGCGGGUCAACUUCGCCGCCCGCAGUGUCAUCUCACCUGACCCCAACAUUGAGACCAACGAGAUUGGAGUACCUCCAGUUUUUGCCAAAAAGCUGACGUACCCGGAACCCGUCACGAACCACAACUUUUAUGAUCUGAAGGAGGCUGUGCUCAAUGGUCCCGACAAGUGGCCUGGAGCCGUAGCGAUUGAGAACGAACAUGGCCAGGUCAUCGCGCUGCGUAAGAAGAACUACGAGGAGCGCCAGGCGCUCGCCAACCAACUUCUUGCGCCUUCUAGCAUCAACGUGAACGGGUCCAGGAACAAGAAGGUCCAUCGUCAUCUGAAUAACGGUGACAUUGUGAUAAUGAAUCGGCAGCCGACGCUCCAUAAACCCUCCAUGAUGGCUCACCGCGCACGGGUGCUACCAGGCGAAAGAACCAUUCGCAUGCACUAUGCAAACUGCAAUACCUACAACGCAGAUUUUGACGGAGACGAGAUGAAUAUGCAUUUCCCUCAAAACGAGAUCGCCAGGGCGGAAGCCGCCACAGUCGCGGACACAGAUCAUCAGUAUCUUUCGGCGACAGCUGGGAAACCCCUACGAGGUCUUAUUCAGGAUCAUAUCUCCAUGGGCGUUUGGCUGACGAAUCGUGACACCUUCUUCACCAAGGAGGAGUAUCAUCAGCUUCUAUAUUCCUCCCUACGACCCGAAGAUGGGCACACCACUUCUGGAACGCUCCUCACUGUACUUCCUGCCAUUAUCAAACCCCGGCCGCUUUGGACUGGAAAGCAGAUUGUUUCAACUGUUCUAAAGAAUGUCCGGCCCGCAGAAUAUCCCGGCCUCACGAUGACCUCCAGGUGUCAAACGAGCUCCAAGCUGUGGGGCCCUAACUCGGAGGAGGGGGAUGUUAUAAUCAAGGAUGGCGAAUUCCUUUGUGGUAUCUUAGACAAGAGUCAGAUUGGUCCCGCUGGUGGCGGCCUUGUCAACGGUGUGUAUGAGACUUUUGGACACACCGUGGCUGGGCGCGUACUCAGUAUCAUGGGUCGCCUUCUCACCAAGCUGUUACAUAUGCGCGCAUUCUCCUGUGGGGUUGAAGACCUCAUCCUCACCGAAGAGGGAGAGCAGGCUCGUUUGCGGGAGCUCAAGGAAGCUGAGAAGGUCGGCUUCGAGGUGGCUUCAAAGUACGUCACAUUGGAUUCUCAAAAAAUAAACGGCAAUAGCCCCGAGCUCAAGAGGCGCUUGGAGUCUGUCCUGCGCGAUGAUCAGAAACAACAUGGACUUGAUCUGGUCACAAAUGCUGCGGUCGCUAAAAUUUCAACUGCGGUCACGCAGGCGUGCCUUCCCCACAAGCUCAUCAAGCUGUUUCCGAAAAACCAAAUGCAGACCAUGACUGGGUCCGGUGCCAAAGGAAGUAUGGUCAACGCCAAUCAGAUUUCAUGCAAUCUUGGACAACAGGUUCUGGAAGGUCGGCGUGUUCCCGUCAUGGUCAGCGGAAAGACAUUGCCCUGUUUCAAAGCGUUCGAGACCAGUGUUCGCGCUGGUGGCUACGUUGUGAACCGUUUCUUGACUGGCAUUCGCCCGCAGGAGUACUACUUCCAUACCAUGGCUGGUCGCGAGGGUCUUAUCGAUACUGCGGUCAAAACUUCCCGUUCCGGUUAUCUCCAGCGGUGUAUCAUCAAGGGCAUGGAAGGUCUCCGGGUUGAGUAUGACACCUCAGUUCGUGACUCAGAUGGCAGCAUGGUACAGUUCCUCUACGGCGAGGAUGGGCUGGAUCCAACGAAGCAGAAGUAUCUCAAUGACUUCAAAUUCCAGGCCGAGAACUUUAUGUCCAUGUUCCAAUCCCUUAACAUCGCUGAGGCGUAUGCCGAAGUCCAUAGUCCGGAAGCAGCGGAACACACCAAGGCUGCAUAUAAAAAGGUUCGCAAGACUAGAGAUAUCGCCGCCAUGGACCCGUCCCUUGCGCACUAUACUCCUGGACGCCACAGUGGAGCCACCUCGGAGAAGUUCUAUGCAGCGAAGAAAGAGUACAUCGAUAACAACCCAGACAAACUUCUAAAAAAGAAGAAGAGUGAUCCCGUCGGUCAGAUACUGCGCAAGACGUUCGAGUCCAUGCUUGACGUGAAAUAUCUCCGGUCCAUUGUUGAGCCUGGUGAAGCUGUCGGUGUUGUCGCUGGUCAGUCUAUCGGAGAACCCUCCACGCAGAUGACGCUCAACACCUUCCACUUGGCUGGUCACUCCGCGAAGAACGUCACGUUAGGUAUUCCCCGUCUUCGUGAAAUUGUCAUGACCGCAAGUGCGAAGAUAUCCACACCUGGUAUGACGAUGUAUCCGCAUGCAGAGUUGUCCAAGGCGGAUUGCGAAAGGUUUGCGAAGAGUAUUAGCCGGCUUCCACUAUCCGCGGUCCUCGAUAAAGUCACCAUCACAGAGAGAUUGGGUCCUGGUACUCUGUUCACGCAAGCCAGGACUUUUAAGGUUCGCUUAGACUUCUACCCCGCCAAGGAGUAUUGUGAGGAAUAUGCUAUCAAGGUUCGGGAUGUGGCCGAGGCGGUGGAGAAGAAAUUCUGUUUCCGUCUUCACAAGCUCAUCAAAACCGAUUUGAAGAAGAAAGCUGCCAAUCGAUCAUUGUCGAGUGCUUCUGCUACCAAAUCUGCAGCCGUGCCAACGAUUGGAGAGUCAGCUGGUACUAUCCAGCAGGUCAACAACAGCGCCGACACAGAGGGUAAUGAAGGCGGGUUGGAAGAUGAUGACAGUGAUGAAGGUGAGGGCGACGGCGACGCGACCUAUGCUAAGCAACGAGGCCGGCGCGAAGACAGUGUCGAAUUCGACGGACCAGACGAGGAAGAGAGGGAAUUGGCCGAUAGGCUUCGUCGCGAGGAAUCUCCGGAAUCUGAAGACGAGACUUAUGGCGGCAGCCCCAAGCCGUCUCGCGCCUCUACCCCUGACUCCGACAUGGAGGAUGAGGAUGCAGAACCGCUGAUUCCCAAAGAAGAGGGCUCCGAUGUGCGGCGUGAUCGCAUUCUCAAGAUGUGCACCGACAUCUCCGACUUCAGAUUCGACGACAAAGCCGGUAAUUACUGCGAGAUCACUUUUGAAUAUAGCGUCACGACUGCAAAAUUCCUCAUGCUACACCACGUCGAGGCAGCCGCCGAAUUCGCGACCAUUCACGUGAUUCCCGGCAUCAACUCUGCGCUCGUCUCCCAAGAAGACGGGAAGGAUGCUGAUGGCAACAAGACCAAGGUUCCCGUCAUCAUGACUGAGGGCGUCAACCUCAUCGCAAUGCGUGAAUUCGGUCACAUCAUCGAUACCAGCCGCCUUUUCACCAACGACAUUGUCGCCAUGCUUAACCUGUAUGGUGUUGAAGCUGCUCGGGCGACAAUCGUUCGCGAAAUGCAUGCCGUUUUCUCGGGUCACGGUAUUAGCGUAGAUAAUCGCCACCUGAAUCUCAUUGCGGAUACAAUGACCAAGGGUGGUGGCUUCACACCGUUCAAUCGUAACGGCAUGAAGGGCAGUGUGAGUCCCUUCAUGAAGAUGAGCUUCGAGACUACUGUGGGUUUCUUGAGAGACGCGGUUCUCGAGCGCGAUUGGGACGAGCUUAGGAAUCCUUCUGCCAGGAUUGUGGUGGGUAGGUUAAGCAACGUGGGCACGGGCUCGUUCGAUGUGCUCGCCCCGGUGAGGGUUGUGGAUCCGUUGAAGGGAGGGAAGGAAGCGAGCGGUGAUGUGGAGGACUCGGUUGAGAUGAUGGAUGUUGAUGCUGUGGAGGAUGAUGGGCUCGAUGGUCAGCCUGCUCCUGCAUCGCAGACAGCCGUUGAAGAGCCUGAUGUGAAGCUCGUUGUGGAUGUGGAGGAAAGCAGUCCGAAGAAGGGAAAGAAAGACAAGAAGGAGAAGAAGGAAAAAAAGCAUAGGCGGGGUUCCGAUUAGGAUUCUUUUCAAGGGUCAAUGCCUAUUGAGGGCGCACAUGAGACGGUUCCUGGUUUCCGGCAUUAUACCAUCGUGCAGCCUGCAUGUAAAACUUCUAGACGAGGAAACUUCAAUGACAGCUUUUUCCUUCCCUGCGCGCUCAAUGAUGGCCGACAUAGACUUCGGCUCCUCAUGGAGGCUGCCUUGGGACAUCAUGAAUAAGAGACACGACCUCUGUGAUUUCCAGUAAGUGACAACAAUUUACCAUGG